GCAAAGGUAACGUAACCCGAUCUGUUCAGGUCCUAUCCCCUGACCAAUCGGCUAUCCUAACCGUAACCACUCGAGUUCAAUGCCUAACGCCAACCAAUCAGGCUGCUGUUGAAGGGCGGGUCUUGGCGUGGCCGUAGUAGGGAAACAAAAUUUGGCAGCCAGGAUGUCGUCAUCGGAUUGUAAACCACUUCCUACUUCCGCAAACACAGCUCCGUGUAGCUUCCCCGUUUAUCAGUUGAUCGAUGCGGCGGUGGACUUGUUCCUUUAGUCUCCCGGCUCCGUUUAACGUUUCUGACAGGUCCGACAUUUAUGAGUGAUUGAUCGCAGCAUCAUGACGGCCGCGGAGCCCCCGGGCCUGGAGACCCAGCGGCGGGAGAUCGAGUCUCUGCUGCGGGACAGCGAGCUGCGCGCGGGGGACAGUUGGUAUGUGGUGGAGCGUCGCUGGUAUGAACAGUGGAAGGAGUUUGUGGAGACUGGAGACCAGAACUCAUCGUCCUUCCCCGGUCAGAUCGACAACACCGAGCUGUUUGAGGAUCUGGACUCAUUCCACCUGAAGGAGCGCCUGGUGGAGAACGAGGACUUCAUGCUGGUUCCGGCUGAGGCCUGGCACCGGCUGCUGGCCUGGUACGGCACCGUGGACGGCCAGCCGCCUCUGGAACGCAAGGUGGUGGACCUGCCCAGCACUCUGAAGGUGGAGGUGUACCCCAUUGAGAUCUUCCUCUGUCUCCAUAGCAACAUGGAGAACGUCAUCACCGCAAAGUUCAGCCGUGCCGACAGCAUCCACUCGAUCCAGAGAGUGAUGUGUGAGGCGUUCAUGGUGCCUGCGGGCUCUGAGUGUCGUCUGUGGAUGAAGAGUUCAGAUAGCAGCUGCGAGCGUCUCAGAAACGUGCACGUGAGCGUGCUGGACGCCUGUCUGAGCUCUGGCAUGACGGUGAUCAUGGAGAUGAGAAACGCAGACGGUACCUGGCCGAGCUCCAGACCUCAGAUCAUGAGGAACUCUGUGGAGGAGCAGGACUCGUACCGAGGGCAGCCGGGAGUCUGUGGCCUCACAAACCUGGGAAACACCUGCUUCAUGAACUCAGCCCUGCAGUGCCUGAGUAACGCUCCUCCCCUGACGGAGUACUUCCUGCAGAGCUCGUACCUGGAGGAGCUGAACUUCACCAACCCUCUGGGCAUGAAGGGGGAGAUCGCCGAGGCCUACGCCGACGUCAUCAAGCAGAUGUGGUCCGGCCGCCAUUACUCCGUGGUGCCGCGCGUCUUCAAGACGAAGGUGGGUCACUUUGCGUCUCAGUUUCUGGGCUACCAGCAGCAUGACAGCCAGGAGCUGCUGUCCUUCCUGCUGGACGGACUGCACGAAGACCUGAACCGAGUCAAAAACAAAGAGUACAUUGAGCUGCGGGACGCAGAGGGACGCCCGGACCAGGAAGUGGCGGAGGAGGCGUGGCGUAACCAUCGGCGGCGGAACGACUCGGUGAUCGUCGACACGUUUCACGGCCUCUUCAAGUCCACGCUGGUCUGUCCUGAGUGCCACAAAGUGUCUGUGACCUUCGACCCCUUCUGCUACCUGAGCGUCCCGCUUCCUGUCAGCAAGGAGCGCGUCAUGGAGGUCUUCUUCGUCUCUCUGGACCCGCACGCCAAACCUGCACAGCAUCGUGUCGUGGUUCCUAAAGCGGGAAAAGUGAUCGACCUCUGCUCUGCUCUGGCAGAGAUGACCAACGUACCUCCCACCCAGAUGGUGGUAGCUGACGUGUUCAACCACCGCUUCUAUAAGAUCUACAACGCUGAUGAAUCUCUGAGCUGCAUACUGGACCGAGACGACAUCUUUGUGUACGAGCUGAGUGUUUUGGAGGAGGCUGAGGAGCAGCCUGUGCUGCUGGCCCUGUAUCUGAGGGAGCGCUCCCACUACAGAGACUACGGCUCGGGGGGCAGCUCCUACGGGACCUCGCUGUUCGGACACCCGCUGCUGCUCAGCGUGGAGCAACGCCACUGCAGCCGCCAGGCGCUCUACCAGCUGAUCCUGCAGAGGCUGGCACGCUACGUGCGACCUCCCGAUCCCUCGGAGGAGUUGGAAGAAGAGGAAGAGGAGGACGAAGAAGAGCUGUACAAGACUCAGACCAACGGCAUCAGUGACGAGGAAGAGACAGACGAUGGGGAGAAGGCCGGGCCGUCCCAGACACAACCAGAACCAGAGCCAGAGCCAGAGCCAGAACCAGAGCCAGAGCCAGACUGUGGCGAUGAAUCGGCACAAAGCCAAUCAAACGACAGCACUGCGGGCGAGCCCCGCCCCGACGUUAACCACACAGAGCCCCCGCUGGACCACGGCGACACGGAGACCAACAGCCAACCCGAGCUCUACACUAACGCCACCGACGCUAACGCUGCCGACGCUAACUGCACGAAUACCUGCAAGGCGUCGAGCCGCAGACAUGCCAUGGCAUCAGAGCCGCCAGCAGAGCAGCGGCCGCCAGCCUGUCACACCACAGAGGAAGAACAAGAGGAGGACAAGCAGGAGGAGGCGUGUUCCCCGAGCCCGCCGGCCAAUCAGCAGCCAGAGAGGAGGAAGAGGAGGAAGAGUCUGUUCACCAUCCAGGCGGUCAACUCCAACGGGACGACUGAGAGGGGGAUGGGGGAGGGGGGCAGCGCCGUGUCCUUCAGCUCUCAGCCUUACGUGGCCAUCGACUGGGACCCCGACAUGAAGAAGAGGUUCUACAAUGAAAACGAAGCUGAGAAGUAUGUGAAACACAGCAGCAUGGAGGUUCCUCAGCAGCAGACGACGGUUCAGCUGCAGGAGUGUAUCGAGCUGUUCACCACUGUGGAAACACUGGAGGAGGAGAACCCAUGGUACUGUCCGGUGUGUAAGAAGCACCAGCUGGCCACCAAGAAGCUGGACCUCUGGUCUCUGCCGGAGGUUCUCAUCAUCCACCUCAAGAGAUUCUCCUACACCAAGUUCACCAGAGAGAAGCUGGACAGCAUCGUGGACUUCCCCCUGAGAGACCUGGACUUCUCCGACUCCCUCCUGAGGAAAAGUCUGUCCAAUGGGGAGCCUCCGAGCCGCUAUGACCUCAUCGCUGUGUCCAAUCACUACGGAGGACUCAGAGAUGGACAUUAUACCAGCUAUGCGAGGAACAAGGACAAUGAUCAGUGGUACUACUUUGACGACAGCAAGGUGACAUACGCCAGAGAGGACCAGAUCGUGACCAACGCUGCGUACGUCUUGUUCUACCACCGCCAAGACAAGAUCAGGAAGCCCACGCUGCCCGCCCCCAGCACAAGCCCCGCCCCCUCCAACGACAUCACUUCCUGCAACGACGCAGAGCUGGCCGCCGCCGCCACUGCCACUUCCUCCUACGUCACCAUGGAAACGGACUGAACCACGCCUCCAGAUUACGUUUUGGUUAUUUCUUCUGUUUGGUCUUUAGUUUGGCUUCUUUUGAUUUCUCUGAUUACUUCUUCUCCGUUGCCACGGAAACCACUUCUCUCGCUCCGCACGUUGAACUUAGAAUACUCUGAUUACUCUCAAUACUCUGAGUACUCUGAUUACUCUCAAUACUCUGAGUACUCUGAUUACUCUCAAUACUCU